AAGCACCGACGAACCAGCAGAAUUUUGUGAAAGAAUCACACACAGUGAGCAGCAUGCGGCAUCAAAACGCAGCUUGGCAGCGAUGGUGCGUCAUCAUGACGACACUCAUCACUUUCAGCACGAUUUCAGAAUCGGCCAAGACGACGUGCGACUUCGAGUCUGGAUUUUGUGGCUGGAAAAACUUGCCCCGCAAUGACCUGAACUGGAGACUGAGGAGCGGCUCAACGCCGUCUUUUGAAACGGGCCCUACUACGGAUCACACAAAAGGAACAUACUUAGGUCAUUACGUGUACAUUGAGACGUCAGGAGCAAGUAAUGCACAAGCUGUACUCGCCAGUUCUGCUGUGACCAACUCAAAUCAAGCGACCUGUAAAUUGUCAAUGGCUUAUCACAUGUACGGCUCACAAAUUGGUACAUUGGAAGUGAUUGCUCACACAACCUACAGAAACUCUUCAUUAUGGAGUCAUUUUGGCAACCAAGGAAAUUUGUGGUUAACCACUACUGUUGACUUUGGAAGCAUAAAUGGCUCGUUUGAAAUUUAUGUGAGGGCUUCACAUUCAUCUGGCUUUAAAGGAGACAUUGCUUUGGAUGAUUUUUCACUGAGUAAUUGUCCUCUAGGUUCUCCUCUUCCUCCACCAACUUCAUUCCAGCGUCAACCAUUUCCUAGUGAGUUACAACUGUAUGCUCCACUUCUCUUAGUGCUUAUUCACUAUUCUAAUACUUACAGACACGACAUGCUCGUUUGA